AUGACAACCGCACAUCGUCCAACGUUCGAGCCGGCACGUGGCGGGACCGGCAAAAAUGAAGGUGACCUGUCGAAACUGUCGCAGCAAUAUUCGAGCAAAGAUAUGCCAUCACAUACAAAACUCAAAUAUCGUCAGAAGGGACAGAGCCAUCCGGACGAACUCCGAUCCAAGGAUUUUCGCCGUGAAUUGGAAGAGAAGGAAAGGAAUGCGGCACGUGAGCGACGUAGCAAGGACAGCGGCUGGAGCUCACAGAAGAAGCCGCGUCUGGAAGCGUCGAUCCACAACGUGCAGGAUGACGAUGAUCCGUACGAUGAUCUCAACGAUAAUUCGGGCUCAGAAGAAGAUGACACUGCAGAAUUGAUGGCGGAACUGGCAAGGAUCAAAAAGGAACGAGCGAUGGAAAAGGCGCAACGCGACGCCGCAUUAGCUGAGGAGCAGGUUGAGCCCUUCACUGUUCCCUUCCAUUUCAUAAUUUUGAAAAUUUCAUUGCUUCCAGAGCGUAUCAGAACGGAAAACAUCCUGCAUGGCAAUCCCUUACUCUCGUCCGAUACUGCAGCAUCGGGCUUCAAGAGGUAUUUCGGAAAUGUGUUAUACAGCGACAGGGCUGACUUAAGUGUGCCGAAUGGGCGUUCUGUUGUGUUGGGAAGCGCAUUAGCAGCUUUUUCAAUUAUGCAGGUGAAGCGACGCUGGGACGAUGACGUCGUUUUCAAGAAUUGCGCAAAAGGAAUCGAAGAACGCAGCAAAGAGCAGAUUUUUAUCAACGAUGCCAUCCGAUCCGAAUUCCAUAAAAAAUUCAUGGAGAAAUACAUUAAGUGA